AUGAGCACACAAUCGCUUCUGCGUCCAGCGAUCUUGAUCAUCUCUGAUACUGCGGCUGCCGAUCCAUCUACCGACAAGGCAUUUCCUAUUCUCAAGGAGACCUUCGCCCAAGACGGGGCAGGGAAAUGGGGAGAACCUGUCGUCGAGAUUGUUAAGGAUGAUAUACUCGAAAUCCAGCGCAUAGUACGUGCUUGGGCAGAUAGCGAAGAUGCUUCGUCCGGCCAAAUUAAUCUGGUCGUCACCACUGGAGGAACGGGCUUUGCUCGACGAGACUUCACACCGGAGGCCAUCGCUCCAUUAAUCCAUCGCCAUGCACCGGGUAUCGUGCACGGCAUGCUCGCAGCUUCUUUCCAAGUCACCCCUUUCGCCAUGAUGGCCAGACCUGUCGCGGGUGUACGCAACAAAACCAUCAUCGUCACACUACCAGGCUCACCCAAAGCCGCGAAGGAGAACCUCCAAGCCAUCCUCAAACUACUACCACACGCAUGUCUCCAAGCUGCGGGCGAAGACUCGAGGGCCGCGCAUGUCGGCGGAGUGAAGAAACUAGAGACGGACGCCGGCUUUACUGCCUCAACGAAUGGUCCGGUACCCGUAAGCAACAACCACGAUCAUUCACAUCAUCAUCACCACCAUCACGACCACGAUCACGGGCACGGUGGUCAUCAAGUACCCAGAGCCCACACGCAACCAACUGAAAGACCCCAUUCUAAUGACCCUCGUCUUGGGGCCAAAGCACGCGCCCGCUCCUCACCCUAUCCAAUGCUCAGCGUCGCCGACGCCGUUGCCAAAAUCCUCGAGGUAGCACCGCAACCAAAACCGGAAGUACGCGACUUUGGUCCAGAUCUUACAGGCUACGUGAUAGCAGAAGACAUCAAAGCUGCCGAAGCUGUCCCAGCUUACCGUGCCAGCAUAGUCGACGGCUAUGCCGUGAUUGUGCCAGAUAAAAAGUCCUCCGAAGUCCACAUCAAGGGCACUUUCCCCGUGGCGUCCGUCUCGCAUGCCCAAGCUGCGUCCCUCCCUCCGCCCCUGGAAUCCGGCGAGAUCGCACGCAUCACCACGGGAGCACCUCUACCCGAAAACGCCAAUGCUGUGAUCAUGGUCGAAGACACCACCAUCGCAAGCCUGACCGACGACAAGACGGAAGAAGCCACCAUCGAGAUCCUGACCGACGAGUUAACCGUUGGCGAAAAUGUCCGCGAACCAGGUAGCGACAUCAAACUAGGCGAGAUGAUCCUCUCAAAAGGUACCCAUAUCAGCGCUCUAGGCGGAGAGAUCGGCGUGCUCGCCGCAGCAGGGAUCCAGAAAAUCCCCGUCUUCCGCAAACCGCGCGUGGGUAUCAUGUCGACCGGCGACGAAGUCACAGACAUCACACACUCGGGUCCCUUGAGCGGCGGUAUGAUCCGCGACUCCAACCGUCCAUCGCUACUCUCGUUACUGCGCGGCUGGCGCAUAUGCGAGGAAGUCGUAGAUCUGCACGUCGCGCGGGAUACGCCGCACAAUGAACUCGAGGAGAAACUACGCGCCGCGUUCCGGACUAACGAUCUCGACGUGGUGAUCACCACGGGCGGUGUGAGUAUGGGCGAGUUGGAUCUUCUCAAGCCGACGAUCGAGCGGAGUUUGGGAGGAGAAGUGCAUUUCGGUCGCGUGAGCAUGAAGCCUGGCAAACCUACGACUUUCGCGAGCGUGCCGUUCAAGGGCAGCAGCUCGGGUGAGCGCGAGAGCAGGCUUGUCUUCGGCCUGCCAGGAAAUCCGGCCAGCGCGCUCGUCACGGCGAAUCUGUUCGUGUUGCCGUGCUUGCAGAAGAUGGCGGGAUUGCCUGGUAAAGGGUUGGAACGGAUCAUUGUCAGGGUGCAGGGGCGGGUCAAGUGUGACAAGGAAAGAGUUGAGUAUCAUCGCGUUGUCGUUGCUGUGGACGCGAAGGAUGGGAAACUUGUGGCCAAGAGUACGGGUAUGCAACGCAGUAGUCGUGUUGGGAGUCUGGCUGCGGCGAAUGCCUUGUUGGUUCUGCCUCAGCGGGCAGGUUUUCUAGAAGAAGGGGCGGAGUGUGAAGCUCUGAUGAUGGGGCCGAUUUUGGGCUUUUGA